AUGAAUCCCUACCUGAGUUGGGCGAUUGUGCUCGUUGUUGCGGGAGGACUGGGGUGGUACUACACAGACGGGUCCAAACCCAAGGGCAGGUCUGCCGUCAGGACGACUACGGAGAAAAAUGAGACUGCUCUAAGCGCCCCGAAGCAGAAGAAGAAGGCCAGAAAGGCUCCCGAAUCGGCGCCUGCUCCCGCCCGAAAGCCCGAAGAGAGAAAGCCCGAGGAGAAGCCGAACUGGCAGAGCGCUCCUCUCGAUACUGCCGACGAGGAGGACGUCGAUAACAAGGAGUUUGCAAAGCGCUUCGCGGCGGUGAAAAAUGGGGUUGCGCUUUCAGACUCUUCCAAAAAUCGCAGCAAAGAGAAGCGUGCGAAGAAGGCGGCGGUUGCUGCUGCCAAUCAGCUGGAAAGCGGCAGCAGCGAGCGCUCGGGGUCUCAUGUGUCGACCCGUACUUCGUCCACCACCGGAGCGGACGCAGACGAUGACCUCUCGUCGGCUGGGUCACCCGUGGUUAAUGCCACGGUCCCCUCUGCGGACGACGUCUCCGACAUGCUCGAACCGCCCGCGCCGGGCGCUUCUGUUCUCCGAUUGACGGGCUCAAUGGAGAGUGAGACCAAGAAACAGAAAUCGCAGAAGUUCAAGCAGGUGGAGAGCAAGAAGCAGCGCCAACAGAGGCUGAAGAACGAGGCACGAAAGCAGCAGGUCCAAGAGGCGGAGGAGCAGAGGCGCAAGCUCCUCGAGAAGCAGCUUCAUACCGCCCGCAAGGCCGAACGCCGCGAAGCUGCGAGAAAACAGCCCGCCUCCCCGGCGAAUGCGUGGAAGACCAACAAGCCCAUGAGUACCACGAGCAAUGGAGCUCCCAAAGUCCCAGUGAACCACAAUGUUCCUCUCCUCGAUACAUUUGACCCCGAGAAGCCUGCGACGUCGCAACCAGACAGUUCGUCCACGGGGACAUGGGCUCAAGGUCUCCCUCCGGAAGAGGAGCAGAUGCGCAUUCUCGGCGUCACCGACAAGGAAGACGACUGGACGACCGUCUCCAGCAAGAAAGGCAAGAAGAAAGGCGCCAAGGCGGACGAGAGCGUCAGCGACGCCAGUGCCUCGGAGAUCCAGGCGCCCGCGGAGGUGGUCGCACCCAAGGUGUCACCGAUCCCCAUUCCGGACACAAGAGGGAAAGGCCAUCCCCUUGAUUCAGACUGGGCUGCGUGA